AUGGCCGUCGAUGACUUUCUGAGCAGAGAUACGGAUACAUUUGUGUUGGCUCAGAAGGCUUACUACCCUACCAAGAUCCCUAUCGCACACUAUCAAUUGCGGCAUUUCAUCUCCUGCCCUGAGCCAGAUCUCCUCUACUAUGCGAGCGGCGGGGCCGUCUACUGCCUCAAUGCGGCUACACGAACACAGGCACACGUCACCACACUACCCUGGGAAGCGCGCUGCACUGCCUCUGGCUACGGCUAUGUCUGCGUGGGUGGGGAAGAACAUGGCAACUUCGCGGCCAUCAAGGUGACCGGCUUUCCUCCAACAGACCCGUCCCAGGUCGACGCCUCUUUGCCCUUGGAUUUCGAACACCGCCUGCCUCGACCGCCCCUGCUAGGCGCUGCAUCGCGCGUACGUCUCGAGAAGAUCGGAACCGAUAUCGUCAACUCCAUAUCCAUACACAAACUGCCGGCUGAGGGCGACGGUCAAGAUGAAGUCGUCGCAGUCCUCACCAACAACGACAAGACGGUGCGCGUCUAUUCGUUGACUCAAAAUCUGGAGCUGGCGGUGCUUGACUUGCCCUUCGCAAUGAACCAUGCUGCCAUCUCGCCCGACGGCCAAAUGUUGGUGGCUGUCGGUGACGCCCCUGUCGGUUAUUUCUUCGAGCGCACAAAGUCGCGGAGGCCUAGCAAUAAGACAAACGAAGAGCACAUACAGUCAACACCUCCAGCAUGGGAAUUACUCAAGCAAGUGACUCUCUACCGACCCGCCCAUUCACAUGCAGAUGGCUAUUUCACUACAGCUUGGUCACCAUCGGGACGUCUUUGUGCAGUCGGCUCUGAAUGCGGCUAUAUUACUGUUUUCGAUGUCGAACUGUUGAAGGUUGUUGAGUAUGGUGAAGAUGCAAUCCUACAGUUGAUAAGUUCCACUAGACCAGACAGCCGAACUGGGCCCGGCGCUGUACGGACGAUGCACUUUUCGCCAGCACCAUGGGACUUCCUCGUUUGGAGCGAAGACCAAGGGAGAGUAUGUAUCGCUGACUUGCGAGCUGGUCUUAAGGUUAAACAAACCCUGACACUGGAUCCGAAAGAAGAGGGUCUCGAGACGGUCGAAAUAGCCGACUUCGACGUCAAUCUUAGCCCAGAAAUGCACGAACUUCGCAGAGAAGCAGAUUUCAUCCGAAGAUAUCGACGCGCUUUAGACUCGGAGGGAAAUACCGCGGCCAUAAAUGCUGCGAACGAGUACUUUGAAGCAGACUCUGAGCGACAGAGACUCCAUCGGCGACUAGGUGUCGUGGAAUCGGACAAUGAUCCACUUGGCUUAACGGCGCGCGAAAGGCAAGUACUCAGUGCUUUACGGACAAGUCAUAGACAACGUGAAGAGGCCCGCGAGCAAGAGAUAAUACCCCGAAGUAUCAACUACACAACUUCUGAGCAACUCAACACUGUACCGGAGCCCACUGCCCGAGAGGUAGCUGAUGCGAUGGCUCGCUUCAUGGCAGAGAGGACGGGGCAGGCUCACUCACGUAACUGGCUUCAAGAGCGCACAACUCCUCACCGUCGCGCUUCAGUCAUUGUCUCAAUAAACGAAGGCACUGUUAAUGCACCUGCCACCCUCACCAAUAUCACUGACACUGCUCUCACCCGUUCACCAAACACCGUGCCGGCACACGCACGCCGCGUGACCAAUGAGAUAGUCGCUUCGACAGAUGAAGCAUGGCGUACCGUUGAAGAGGCACUUGCUGCUGAGCAACAACGCGCUACAACCCGCAGCACUACUGCACAUGCGGCUGGCACUGACAGCAACCCUACUGCACCCGAACUCCGCAGUGAGCUUCGUCGUAUCCGUCAAUUGACGCAGGCGCGUGAACGACUGCGCAUCACUCGUGCUGGCCAGCCCAUCCUUGAAACGUAUGAAUUUAGCCUGGGCCUUCGCGGAUCGAGCCGCACAACACAUGAUGCAAGACUAGGUGUACGGACAGCGGGACUGGCCAUGAGCCAGGACGGACGGACUCUAUACUGUGGAACGGAGGAAGGCAUCUUCGAGUUCAAAAUGAACCUCCAUGUCAGGAAGUCGUUUCCUGCAAUCAAUCCCCGAUAA